AUGUCGAACACAACUACGACCGAGGUCCUCACUCGGAAGCCUGGGAAUGUAGCUGUAUACACAAACCCCCAACACGAGCUUUACCUCAAACAAGUCGACUUGCCGACCCCAGGUGUGGGGGAUUGUCUCAUUCACGUGCGGGCAACGGGCAUCUGCGGCUCUGAUGUCCACUUUUGGAAGGCAGGCCACAUCGGCGAGAUGGUUGUGACGGGGGAGAACGGUCUGGGCCACGAGAGCGCUGGGGUGGUGAUUGCGAUCGGUGAAAACGUCACCAAGUUCAAGAUCGGCGACAGAGUGGCACUCGAGUGUGGAAUUCCGUGCAUGAAGGCGUCCUGUUUCUUCUGUCGGACGGGCAAGUACAACGCAUGCCCGGACGUAGUCUUCUACUCGACGCCCCCCCAUCAUGGAACACUGACACGAUAUCACGUUCAUCCAGAGGACUGGCUGCAUAAGAUACCCGAUAAUAUUUCCUACGAAGAGGGAUCCCUUCUCGAGCCGCUCUCCGUGGCCUUGACAGGGAUCGAGCGUUCUGGUGUACGUUUGGGAGACCCAGUUGUCAUCUGUGGCUCGGGGCCUAUUGGUAUCGUCACUUUGCUGGCUGCUAACGCUGCGGGCGCAAACCCAAUUGUCAUUACGGACAUCAACGAGACUAGACUACAGAUGGCGAAGAAGGCUGUCCCCAGAGUCCGAACGGUUCUCGUUACCCCAGGAAAAGAACCACACGCAGUCGCUGAAGACGUCAAGGACGCUCUGGGUCAGGAAGCCAAAGUAGUCAUGGAAUGCACUGGUGUUGAGUCGAGCGUCAUCACGGGCAUCUACUCCUGUCGAUUUGGGGGCAUGGUCUUUGUCAUUGGGUGCGGAAAAGACUUUGCGACGAUACCGCUCAUGUACAUGGCUGGAAAAGAGAUUGAUUUGCGAUUCCAAUUCCGCUACCGCGACAUCUACCCUCGAGCCAUCGGGCUUGUUGCCGAAAGAAUAAUUGAUCUGAAGCUUUUGGUAACCCACAGAUUUACGCUCGAAGAAGGGGAGGAGGCCUUCAAGAUAGCUUCAGAUCCUAGCGGUCUGGCGUUGAAAGUUCAAGUCAUUGACGACUGA